AUGGAGGAGCGAUACCCGCAGGUGUGCGAGAAUUGCGAACUGAGAGUCAACAAUCGUAUUCGCCAAACAGGCUACGAAGCAAAGGCUGACCAUUUGAGGAGAACCAUGGAACGGAGUAAGAUUAGUCGUGCGAUGCAAAAGGCUCGAAGACGGAAUUGGAGGAGCAUCCUCGAUAUGGCGGGGGCGUUGGGAUACUGGACUAGUGUUGCUGGCCAACUGUUGUCAGACUUGUUAGGAACAUAUGAGUUGUGGGAUAGUGUCGUCCGGUACGAGCGCCUGCAGUUCGUCGUGACAUUUUUGUCAUAUGUCAGGGAACUGGUUUUCUCCUUUGGCUAUUCGUCCCAGGACAUUGCAGGCAUCGCAUUAAUAGCUGGAGUGCUCUCGAUAUGGUGGAAUCCAAAAGUACACCAUAAGGUUGAGGGGUUGAACGGUCGAAUAUUGGGGCUCAACCAAUAUUACGAAUGUCAGUUGAUUGUCAUGGUGACUAGAUUCGGUAUUUGGGCCUUAUUGAAGGAUGAUAGCCGGCUAAGAGAUUCUCUGCCCUCUGCUAUACAUGCGGUAAUGUUACUGUUUAUGAGUAUAGUAACAUUGUUUUCCCAGAGAUUGGUUCAAUAUGACACCAGACCACUAGUUUUAUGGUCAAACAUCACGCCGGUGGCUUCUCCGCGUCAAAAGACUACCUUAUCGCAAUCAAGACCCUCGAAUAACCAGCAACGAUCCUCCCACCAACAAGAUUCGUUUCAACUGUUUCCCAUCGAAAGACUGGGAACCCCACGAAAAGAACCGACAGUGAACGCAGUGCGCUCCGGUACACCUUCGCAAGUGGAAGACUCGAUGGAUUGGACACCAUCGGGGCCGCAAGAAAUCCGCCCUAGAUUUGUCACAGCUUCCAGGCCAGAAAUGGUCUCCAAUGUUUUCCCAGAUAAGUCAUUAUUUCAGGGCUCUCUCCCCGAGGUGCCACGACCUCCUGCAUGGCAGCUUCGAAAUCCCAUUCCCUCAAAACAACCACAGGUAGUCUCCCAACCCAACAUUUUUCAGAAAUCUCCCGCAACUUCACAAAAUACCUCUGGUAUGAACGGGAAUUCACGCGCAUCCGAUGUGGUUUUUGCCCCUCCAAAAUUCUUUGCUCCAUCUGAUUAUCAUGCUACCACCGGUUUGGAGAGCCUGUUCGAUCAGACAUUCACGAUUAGAUCCCCCGAUGACGACAUAGAUGAAGAUACCGCGGUGCAGUCCAAAAUCAAGGAGAUACGCAGGGAGCAUUCACAUUCAACAUUAAUAUAUACCUCUAUACGAUUAGCGCUUCUCUCGGGUUUCUUGCUUGCAUGGUCCAUUGAUUGGAUGGAGCUCGCUCCUAUUCCACAUGACCCCGUUUUGAUCAGUGCUUUGAUUAUGAAUAUUCUAUUUACAGGGUUCAAUUUCCUAGCAUCUUUAAACAAGCCGUCCAUCAUUGUCCGGAGAGUCUUGUAUUCUUUGGUCAAGUUUGUUGCAACCGUUAUUUUAGCUCUAUGCCUGGGCUACAAUUUUUCAGUCACUUUCUACCAGGGGGGAAAUAUCGAACUAUGUCUGAAGUGUUUGACAGCUUUAUUGGUCAUAGAAGACAUAGUCGGUCUGUUCUCAGCUUCUCCAAAGACUUUAGUUCAAGAGGAUAUGGCUAAAGAGGGAUCAGAAAAUACCGCACAGUCUUCAAACCACUCUGAAACUCAGCCUACAACUCAGCCUACAACUCAGCCUACAACUCAGCCUGCAACCCAGCUUGCUGCUGGGUCUCAACUAAUCUCUCACAACCAAUAUUCGUCUCCUCCGCAGUCCUCACCUCCGCAGUCAUUUUUUUCCUUCCCACAAAGUUCCUUCUCACAAUCUCAAUCUUCUGCGCUUGGCUAUGGUCCUUACCAGAGAGACAUGCGUCACAACUACUUCCUAGACGAUGGCUCUGACGUCUCGGAGUAUUCAGGCGCAGAUUCAGAUGCCGAGACAACCGUCACGUCAUACACCAACAAGUCAAUUCGCAACAUGAAUCCAUUUGGCGAUAGCAACAGGAACCUCCCGCCCAGAGCACCAGGCCUGGGCUCUGGAAUCCAAGGACUCAGUCUUGACGACAGCCCCAGUACGAGACGCAUUACUCGCAGUCAAACGACGCGGAGGACAGGCAUAGACGCGGAUCUAAAUCGUCGCUAUUGGAGAGCCAAGUGA